AUUUUGUAAUUAUUGGAAGCUUGUGAUUGGAGAUUUGGUAUCGAUCCACCCUCUCGCCAUCUCGGCUUUCUGAAGGUAGAUCUCGACCACUCCGUCCCCGUCUUCUCUAUCAAUCGCGUAUCUCUCUUCGAUCAUUAAGAUGGAAAAGGGGAAAGGAGUGAUGGGAAGUAGAAAAUGGGCCGUUGAUUUCACAGAUAAUUCAUCCACGCCUUCCUCCCGUGACAUUCCAGACCCACCUGGCUUCACUCGUGCAUCUCAUGAUCAGGAUGAUUCUACCAUGAGUCGCCAAAAGAAGGAUGCCGAAGCAAAUUGGAAGUCCCAGAAAGCAUGGGAAGUUGCCCAGGCCCCUUUCAAGAAUCUGCUUAUGAUGGGGUUUAUGAUGUGGAUGGCUGGAAACACUGUCCAUUUGUUUAGUAUAGGUAUAACAUUUUCAGCUCUUUGGCAGCCCUUAAGUGCUCUUCAAGGGGUUGGUAAGGUUUUCAACCCAUACAGGGAUAACAAAGUGGACCUCGUUGGACCCAAAUUAUUAUUCGUCGCACUAAAUUUAGGGGGUAUGUUGUUGGGUGUCUGGAAGCUAAACACCCUCGGCCUUCUUCCGACUCAUGCAUCUGAUUGGGUUUCAUCAUUGUCCCCUGCCCACGAGAUCGAAUUUUCAGGUGGAGGUAUUGCUCUGCAUUAAUAUUGGUAACUUUUUUGGUUCAUGCUAAAGUUUUUAAGAUCUAGCAGCUGCUUUGGAUGCAUUGAACCCGUAAAAUUCAUGUCUCAGGUCUGAACGUUUAUUAAUAGUCUGAACUAUGCAAGUUAGAGGAACUCAUUUAUAUACUUCAUUUUUGCAUUAUUUUGCUGUUGAAAAGCCUAAAUUUUGAGACAGACAUAGUUUCUGAACCUUAUGGUAUCAAACAAUUACGACAGUUUCGAGUUUUUCAAGCC